AUGGCUUUACUUUUGCAAGGUUUUGUGAACGGCCAGGAAUACAGGCCAAAUGAAAGUAAGUGUAGUGUAACAAUAACUUUACUGGAUAACUCUACACCAAUUCGAAACUGACGUUCCGCAUGGAGACCACCCGUAAUGGUCCAGACAUCAUGCAGUGCUACUAUACAGGGAGAAACCUGAACUAACUUUAUCCACACACUGGAUAGCUCCAUCAAAACUGUUCUCCCUAGAGGUCCAAUAAGGAUCAUCCCUUAUUGAUCCAAACUAACUUUAUUUAUACUGGAUAGCUCCAUCAGUUCUAAACUGUUCUCCCUAGAGGUGUAGUAAAGAUCAUCUCUUAUUGAUCCAGUGUUACUACAGGAGGAAACCUAAACAAAACUAAGUUAAACUUUAUUUAUACUGGAUAGCUCUAUCAGUUCUAAACUGUUCACCCUAUAGAGGUCCAGUAAGAAUCAUUCCUUAUUGAUCCAGUGUUACUACAGGAAGAAACCAAAACUAAACUAAAUUUAUUUAUACUGGAUAGCUCUAUCAGUUCUAAACUGUUCUUCCUAGAGGUCCAGUAAGGAUAACAACACAUGAACUUGUGGUUAAUUCUUGUCAACUGGACUCUGUAGCUCACUUGGUUAGAGCGCUGCACCAGAACAGCAGGGCCCCAGGUUCGAUUCCUACAAGAGGGAUUAUAGUCGCAUUUUCCGCAGCUGCCCUGGUUAGGUGUGAAAAUUGUAUAUAACCUUGCCCUCGAAUUUUCCAUAUAUUAUAUACCAUCUGUAAAAACCCUCAAACUGGAAGUAUUCUUCUCACAUGCGAGGUAAAAUUAUACAGACGACUCUAUAUGUUGCAGGAAUCGAACCUCGCUAGACACGUGUACUGACCACUGUCAUCUAUAUUUCCAAUAUUGUGUAAUGGUCAAUCAUGAGUAGUGCAAAAUACCUCGGUAACAAAUUUCUAAAUUUUAAUUUUUAGACUCAGAUGAUGAUUUGUAUGAGGAAGUCGUGUCAAUUUACAACGACGAUUUUACAACGCCUGAGUCAAGAGAACCGUACUUUAUCAAAGUACAUCGCUGCAUCAAAGCUUGUUGGAGCAGUUCCAUUAACAUCGCCAUCAAAGCUUGUCGGAGCACAUCCAUUGCCAUGCCCGUUGCUUUAACGCAGAAAGAAAUAGAAAUUGUAGUAACAGAUAUCAACAAUCAAACAAAAUUUUAUAAAUAUGUCGUGUACGACCAUAUUUCGUGUGUAUGUCGUAAUGUCACACCGAUUGAGAUUAACAAGUUGCACAAGACUGAUCUUGUUUCUAACGAAGGUAAGCGUUUUGAUUUAUUCCAACAAAUUGCAGUUAGUUUGUUACCGUCAUCAACCUUGUAACAAAACGAUAAAAACUUGUUCAAGACAUAUUACAACAACUGGGAACAAGCAGUGCGAACACCUCCUGAUAUCGGCUUCACAACAACAUUGUUACAACGUGUAAUAAAUAACUUGGCAGAGAAGUGAACUAUAAAUCUCUUCUAUUUAGUGAACGAAACUGAAUUCAAGGCAAAACUACCUAACAAUCCAGAGAAUCUGAGAAAUUGCAGCCCAUCAUCAUUCUGUAGCAAGCCUCAACCGCGCCAUAUGCUUAAUCCCUAUAGCGGACUGACUGCGAUUGUCCAAGAUCAGCGGUAUAUCUUCUUUAAUCAAUGCUUGCCUGGUUGUAUUAAUACCACAAAGUAUACGAACAUGAAAACAACGAAGUACUCGGGAGCUGUUAAAGAUAUAUCGAUCAAAAACGACACGGAUUGUUGGCCGUAUCGAAAACAAUCAACAAUGGUGAAGCUCAGCCGGACGAGUGUUAAAAACCUAAACACAACGUCUCCGUCAUCUUUAAAGAUUAAAGAGACACAGGAUUCAGGUAAACACCAUGUUUUAGAAUGUGAAAACAUUAUACGCUCCUUUUCAAUAAAAUAAUUUGUUUAGAUAUCCACGCGUAAAAACGACAACCUGUUCCCGGUUGAUAUCGACAGGCUUGAACAAAAUUGCAUGCUGCACCCUAAGAACAAGUUGUCCACAAUAUUGUUACAGCAUUGUUACAAUUGAGCAAUGAUGUAACAACAUUGUUACAACUGACCAAUGAUGUAACAUCAUUGUUACAACUGAGCAAUGAUGUAACAACAUUGUUACAACUGACCAAUGAUGUAACAACAUUGUUACAACUGACCAAUGAUGCAACAACAUUGUUACAACUGACCAAUGAUGUAACAUUGUUACAACUGACCAAUGAUGUAACAACAUUGUAACAACUGAUCAAUGAUGUAACAACAUUAUUACAACUGACCAAUGAUGUAACAACAUUGUUACAACUGACCAAUGAUGUAACAACAUUGUUACAACUGACCAAUGAUGCAACAACAUUGUUACAACUGACUAAUGAUGUAACAUUGUUACAACUGACUAAUGAUGUAACAACAUUGUAACAACUGACCAAUGAUGUAACAACAUUGUUACAACUGACCAAUGAUGUAACAACAUUGUUACAACUGACCAAUGAUGCAACAACAUUGUUACAACUGACCAAUGAUGUAACAUUGUUACAACUGACCAAUGAUGUAACAACAUUGUUACAACUGACCAAUGAUGUAACAACAUUGUUGACAAUUGUGUGGGUGCCGCAACUGGAUAUCAACUGGAAACAGGUUGUUGGUUUGGAAACGGAUAAAACUAUCCAGCAUAAAUAAAGUUAGUUUAGAUUAGUUUUUAUACUGUAUCAUUCCUGAGAUUAAUGCUUAGCAACUAUAACCUAACAUUACUUUUCCAAUUUCAUUUCAGAGUCAGAAAGCGGUGUAUUGAUUUAUAUUGCUUCACCAAAAGUAUUCCUGGUCGCGCUUGUUCUAUCUGUGAUACUGGUGUCGAUAUUAAUUGUGGAUUUCAACCUCUGCCACCGCAAGAAAGGAAUAAUGUAUUCAGUACUGAGCUGUAGAAAGGACAUGAAAGAUAACGCAUGCUCUGAUUGUGCUGAACGAUAG